GCCCCAGGCGGGGUCGCUGAGGCCUCAGGAGGAGAAAACACAGGACCUGCUGUGGAAGCCAGGGCCUCACAGAGGUGAGCAGGGACUGCCACUGGUUUAGUCCCGGGGCCCAGUGGGGGCCAACAUCACCUCCUUGGCCUCCCAUGGCAAGGAGCCAGCCCGCGGAGUGUGGGUGUCCCAGGGGCGUGGGUGUCCCGGAAGUGUGGGUGUCCCAGGGGCGUGGGUGGCUUGGGGGCGUGGGUGUCCCGGGGGCGUGGGUGUCCCGGGAGCGGUUGUCUGGGGAGCGGUGUUCCGGGAGUGUGGGUGUCCUGGGAGUGUGGGUGUCCUGGGGGCGUGGGUGUCCCGGGAGUGAGAGUGUCCCAGGGGCCUGGAUGUCGGGGACUGCAGGGACAUGGGCCUCCCCUCCCACUCCUGCUGCCCGGGGCACCUCCCCUGAGGACUCCGCGUCCAAGAGCUCCCACCUCCUGGAUUCUUUGGUGACCCCCGCCUGCAUCCUCAGCCUCCUUCCAAACCAGACCGGUUCUCUAGGGACGCGGACGUGUGAAACUGAUUUUAAAGGAAACAGGCGGGGGCGUUUCUCUCGGCCCCACGUGGCCCAGUAGCGCCCACCUUCCGUCCCUUCUUCCGCGCUCAGUAACCGAUUUAGGCCGCUCCUGCAGAACGCGGGCUCCUGCCCACCUGCCACCUGCGUCCACCUGAGGCCUCGUCCUCCCAGCAAAGGUCGUCCCUCCCGAACGCGCCUCCUGCGGCCUCUCCAGAGCUCCCGCGCGUCCUCUCGGCCUCCUCCCGGGCCUCCCUCUCCCGCCUGCCCCGCGGCCCGGCUAGUCUCCCCUCGCGGGCUGAGGCGGGUUCAGGCAGCGCGGCCGUCCCGGGGGUCACUCCUCAUCCACCACCGCGUGGUGCCCACAGCUCACAGCUCCCGGGAGACGGUCCCCUCAGCUGCAGGGCGUCCUGAAGAACGGCCUGCUCGGAGCUGAGCGCACGGGCUUGCGUCGCCCUGGGCGCCCUUGGCCCUCGCCAACCCCGUUUUCCAUGGGCAAAGCGGGGGUCCUACUUGCCUACAAGUAACCGUCGGGGUUACGGAGAGGCCAGGAGCUGCAGCCGGGGGCUCUGCUCUCAGGACCGGCCCCAGGAGGAUCCGCGAGGUCUGGCGCUCCGAGGGGUCGCAGGGCACAGAGGGGCCCCGAGCGGAGGAGGGGGAGGCGGCAGGAGCCCAGGACCGCCCAGAGCCGGCGAGGAAGCCUGGGGCUCGGUGUCGGGGGAGCCGGGCAGGGGCCGCGCCUCGGACCCUCAGCUGCAGGGCGUCCUGAAGAACGGCCUGCUCGGGGCUGAGCGCACGGGCUUACCUCGCCCUGGGGCGGGGCUUGGGGAAGGCAGAUCUGGCCGCCGGAGACGCGGUGCGGAUGGAGACGAGGGGCGGAUGGAGACGAGGGAUUUGGGGUUCAGCGGAUCCUGUGCACCGCCAAGGCAGCGUUGGCGCGCGGUUCAUGUGGGCCCAGGCGGGUGCCCAGCACCCGGGCCGCGCCGCCUUCUCCUCGCCGGCAUUAACCCCCAGCCUCACAUUUAUGCGGCGGUGCCCGCGGCCCCCUUCGGCCCAGCUUCCGCGCGUGCCCCUGAGCGCGCCCUCGGGAUCAGCCCCUGGAAGCGGAGAGGCCGGGCCGGGAAGGAUGAGCGAGGCGGGUGAUCGCCCCAGGAACACCGCGGGGAGGACGCCCAGCCAGGCCUGCGAGCAGCGCCGCUCCCCUCCCCCAGGACGGGGUGGGAAACCGCGAUGCCCCCGCUGCGUGGGGCAGGGCCGUGGGGCAGUCUCCGAGGACUGGGCGCGGCAAGCGGUGAGCGUUUCAUGGAACUCGCGUUUUUCAGUCUUCGUAACCCAGGAAGAAGCCCACGGCGUCCUGCACAGGCAGCGGCGCGCCAACUCGUUCCUGGAGGAGCUGCGGCCGGGCUCCCUGGAGAGGGAGUGCAAGGAGGAGCAAUGCUCCUUCGAGGAGGCCCGGGAGAUCUUCAAGGACCUGGAGAGGACGAAGCUGUUCUGGAUUUCUUACAGUGAUGGGGACCAGUGUGCCUCAAAUCCGUGCCAGAAUGGGGGCUCCUGCAAGGACCAGCUCCAGUCCUAUAUCUGCUUCUGCCUGCCUUCCUUCGAGGGCCGGAACUGUGAGAAGAACAAGGACGACCAGCUGAUCUGCGUGAACGAGAACGGCGGCUGUGAGCAGUACUGCAGUGACCACGCGGGCGCCAGGCGCUCCUGUUGGUGCCACGAGGGGUACUCGCUGCUGGCAGACGGGGUGUCCUGCAUGCCCACAGUUGAAUAUCCAUGUGGAAAAAUACCUAUUCUGGAAAAAAGAAAUGCCAGCAAACCCCAAGGCCGAAUUGUCGGGGGCAGGGUGUGCCCCAAAGGGGAGUGUCCAUGGCAGGUCCUGUUGUUGGUGAAUGGAGCUCAGCUGUGUGGAGGGACCCUGAUAAACACCAUCUGGGUGGUCUCUGCGGCUCACUGUUUCGACAAAAUCAAGAGCUGGAGGAACUUGACCGCGGUGCUGGGCGAGCACGACCUCAGUGAGCACGAAGGGGAUGAACAGAGCCGGCGGGUGGUGCAGGUCAUCAUCCCCAGCACGUAUGUCCUGGGCGCCACCAACCACGACAUCGCGCUGCUCCGCCUGCAGCGGCCCGUGGUCCUCACUGACCAUGUGGUGCCCCUCUGCCUGCCCGAACGGACGUUCUCUGAGAGGACGCUGGCCUUCGUGCGCUUCUCGUUGGUCAGCGGCUGGGGUCAGCUGCUGGACCGUGGUGCCACAGCCCUGGAGCUCAUGGCCCUCAACGUGCCCCGGCUGAUGACCCAGGACUGCCUGCAGCAGUCACGGAAGGCGGAAGCCUCCCCGAAUAUCACGGAGUACAUGUUCUGUGCCGGCUACUCGGAUGGCAGCAGGGACUCCUGCAAGGGGGACAGUGGAGGCCCACACGCCACCCGCUACCGGGGCACGUGGUACCUGACAGGCAUCGUCAGCUGGGGCCAGGGCUGCGCGGCCGUGGGCCACUUCGGGGUGUACACCAGGGUCUCCCAGUACAUCGAGUGGCUGCAAAAGCUCAUGCACUCAGAGCCACGUCCAGGCGUCCUCCUGCGAGCCCCAUUUCCCUAGCCUAGCAGCCCUGCCCCCUGGAGAGAAAGCCAAGGCUGUGUAGAACUGUCCUGGCACAAAAUCCCAUCGAUUUUUCUGCAGUUCAUGGGGUAGAGGAGGGCAUGGGAGGGAGGAAGAGGUGGGGAGGGAGACAGAGACAGAAACAGAGAGACAGAGAGAGACUGAGGGAGAGAUUCUGAGGACAUGGAGAGACUCAAAGAGACUCCAUGAUUCAAAGAGCCUAAUAGAGACACAGAGAAGGAAUCGAAAAGAUGAGAUGCAGAGGCAGACAGGCGCUGGGCAGAGGGGCAGGGGAAUGGCGCGGGUGUCCUGGAGGCAGACAGCCCAGCUGAGCCUCCUUAUCUCCCUUCAGCCAAGCCCACCUGCCCGUGAUCUGCUGGCCUCAGGCUGCUGUUCUGCCUUCAUUGCUGGAGACACUAGAGGCAUGUACACACGUGGAUGCAUACACACAUACCAAUGCACACACACAGAGAUAUGCACACACAACGGAUGCACACACAGAGGGUCACACAGAUAUGCAAACACACUGACACACAUAUAGAGAUAUGCACAUACACGGAUGCAUAUACACAGAUAUGCGCACACACAGAUGCGUGCACACCACACCAGUGCACACACACACUAAUGCACACACACGGAUGCAGAGAGAUAUGCACACAUCGAUGUGCACAUACACAGAUAUGCACACACACAGAUGCACACACACAGAUAUGCACACACAUGGAUGAGUGCACACACACCAAUGUACACACACAGAUAUGCACACAUGGAUGCACGCACACCGAUGCUGACUCCAUGUGUGCUGUCCUCCAAAGGCGGUUGUUUAGCUCUCACUUUUCUCGUUCUUAUCCAUUAUCAUCUUCAUUUCAGACAAUUCAGAAGCAUCACCAUGCAUGUUGGCAAAUGCCCCAAACUCUCCCCCAAAUGUAUUUCUCCCUACACUGGGUGCCGGGCUGCACAGGCCGUUCCCCACCGGCUUCCCAACUUCACAAUAAAUGGCUGCAUCUCCUCCGCACGCCUGUGGGGCCUGCCACCCACCGUGUAGCCUGUGAUUCAUUUUCAGAGCCCCCAGUGCUCAUCCUCUGAGAUGCUUUUUUCUUUCACAGUUUUCAGCAUCACUGAAAUGAACCCUCACAUGGCAGCUGUUCUUUUUAAAAACAAAAGCUCUUUGAUAGAUGUUUGAGGCUGUAGCUCCCAGGACCCUGUGGAAUUGGAUGUUCUCUCCCUGCCACAGCCCUUGUCAAUGAUAUUUCGCAGAGACCCUGGGAGCACCUGCUCGAGAAUCAGGGACAUACCACUAAAUGCAAGUUCCCAGGCCCUGGCGGCAGUGGGAGGACCUGGCAAACUGCACUCUUGCUGAGUCCCCAGGGUGGUGGGGGAAGAAUGAGAAACACAUGAGCAGAGAAAUGGGGAGGUGACAGACACUGCCCGCACUCAGACUCCGGCAAGCAUGGCUCAGAGAGCGGACUCAAUGCCAUCCCUGCAGGGCCGUCCUGGGCACCAGUGGCACUCACAGCAGCAAGGCAGGCACCAGCAACCCACCUCAGGGGCACUCAGGCAACAUCUACUUUAGAGCAGACAGGGUCCGUGAACUACAGCCGAGGGCUGCUUCCAAGCCACCCUGCUCUUGUAAAUAAAGUUUUAUGGGAACACA